GUCAGUCAACAGUCCUUCAUUUAUGUUUUAAUAUUUUGUCACUUUUACAGGAUAUAAGGUGUGGAACUGAACAUUUAUUUGGCUGAUCCUCAUCAUGAACCGUGCUUUUAGCAGGAAGAAAGACAAAACAUGGAUGCAUACACCUGAAGCUUUAUCUAAACAUUUCAUUCCCUAUAAUGCAAAGUUUCUUGGCAGUACAGAAGUGGAACAGCCAAAAGGAACAGAAGUUGUGAGAGAUGCUGUAAGGAAAUUAAAGUUUGCAAGACAUAUCAAGAAAUCUGAAGGCCAGAAAAUUCCUAAAGUGGAGUUGCAAAUAUCAAUUUAUGGAGUAAAAAUUCUAGAACCCAAAACAAAGGAAGUUCAACACAAUUGCCAGCUUCAUAGAAUAUCUUUUUGUGCAGAUGAUAAAACUGACAAGAGGAUAUUCACUUUCAUAUGCAAAGAUUCUGAGUCAAAUAAACAUUUGUGCUAUGUAUUUGACAGCGAAAAGUGUGCUGAGGAGAUCACUUUAACAAUUGGCCAAGCAUUUGACCUGGCAUACAGGAAAUUUCUAGAAUCAGGAGGAAAAGAUGUUGAAACAAGAAAACAGAUCGCAGGGUUACAAAAAAGAAUCCAAGACUUAGAAACAGAAAAUAUGGAACUUAAAAAUAAAGUACAAGAUUUGGAAAACCAACUAAGAAUAACUCAAGUAUCAACAUCUCCAGCAGGCAGUAUGACACCUCAGUCGCCCUCCACUGACAUCUUUGAUAUGAUUCCAUUUUCUCCAAUAUCACACCAGUCUUCAAUGCCUACUCGCAAUGGCACACAGCCACCUCCAGUACCUAGUAGAUCUACUGAGAUUAAACGGGACCUGUUUGGAGCAGAACCUUUUGACCCAUUUAACUGUGGAGCAGCAGAUUUCCCUCCAGAUAUUCAAUCAAAAUUAGAUGAGAUGCAGCGCCAGAGAUGGAGGGGUUCAAAAUGGGACUAACUCUUGAAGGCACAGUAUUUUGUCUCGACCCAUUAGACAGUAGGUGCUGACAUCAAGAACAAGAAAUCCUGAUUCAUGUUAAAUGUGUUUCUAUACACAUGUCAUUUAUUAUUACUUUAAGAUAGGUAUUAUUCAUGUGCCAAUAUGUUUUUGAAUAUUUUAAUAUUUUGAAAAUUUUUUCAGUUAAAUUUCCUCACCUUCACUAUUGAUCUAUAAUUUUUAUUUUAAAAACAACUUACUAUAAAGUAGAUCAUACUUUUAUGUUCCUUUCUAUUUCUACUGUAUAUGAAUUUGUAAUUGAAAGACAUAUUAUACAAAUACCUGCCUUGUGUCUGAGUUCUAUUUAGUUAGCAUCUUGAAACUUGUAUUCAUUUUCCAGAUUGCUGGUUUAUUAAUGAUUUCCCAAAAGCCAUACCUUAAAGAUAACUUUUUAAAUUCUGAAGAGAUAUGCCAAUGCCAAACUAAACAUGGUCUGUUUUCAAACCAACAAACAUGUUACUAUUCAUUAGACAGAUGUCAUUUUAUGUAUAAAUACUGUUCAUAUCACUGGGAAAAUGUAAACUUUAAACAUAAUGCCACAAGGUCACUAAUUUCUAGCAGGUAAAAUUAUAAGGAUAUAAAUUCCAAUAAUAAACCAAAUGUAUUUAGAGUAUUUAUUAGUAAAUGCAAGGUGAUGUUAGUUAUGAUCAGUUAUACUCUAAAUAUUUAAUUUGUUUUACAAAGAUAAUGAAAAAAUGAAAAUUUGCUGUUUAUUUAAAAAACUUUAAAUUUCAUUCCAAAUGAGAUAAGUUAUAUUACUAUAACAUCUAAGCAUCAUCUGAUUUGAUAUUCCCUAAAAAACAUUUGGAAUAUAUGCUAUCUAUAGAUUCAGUGUCUAUUAUCCAUAUUUACUUUACCAAAUAUAUUUCUUCUCACUACAUAAGGACUACUCUUCUCAUAUUUUCUUCUUUGAUGAAGAUAUUUUUCACCAAAGUUUAUUUUGUGAUGCCCCAUUGGUUUUGAUACUUUAAAAUCUGUGACACCCAUUCUAUAUGAAUUAUCAAUAUUAUUUGGUAAAUUCAAUUUGUAUUUGUUUUGUUAAAGUCAAAAAUCUCAUUUAAAAAAAACCCUCGUUACUGCUCAGUUUAGUCUUGAACAUGAGCAAUAAAAUUCUCCUGCAUUUCAUUCUUGAUGUGCUGAUGAACUUAGACUUUUUAAAAUAUUUGUUUUCUAUACCUUUACCCAUUACAUAACAGACUAAUUUGUACUCAGUACAGCAAAAAUUUAUGAUCAAAAUUUCUAACUUGGUUCAUCACAUUAUAAGAUAAAUAAAUUAAAUUAAUGAAAAUGUGACUUAAAUUAGGGGUAACCCUCAAAAAUAGAUUUAUCAUUUACUCACGGGAAUUUUCUUCAAGUGUUAAAGGUACAUUUUCACUAGGAAAAGAAAUCAAAUAUGCUUAUGCAAUAUAUAUUUGUCUGUUUUUCCUUAAUGUUAUAUGGUAUAUAUGAGCCUUCUUGUUUAGUUUCUUUUAUCUGCUAAGUUGUACCUUAAUUAGAGGACAAUAUAUGUUUCAUAAGGAAGAGUCUUUAUAAUUUUGUUCGUCAGAUAGUAUUUUGGAAUUUGUAUAAUGAGGAUGUUUAGAAGCCAUAUAAGUGGCUUUUUUUAACAGAUAGAAUUUGUAUUUUUAUUGUACUUUAAAAAGAUUUAUGUAAUAGGUAUAUAUUUAGUGGCCAUUUAUUAUCAAUGGUAACACAAUAGAGUACUGAGAUGGUAUUUGCACAUUUAAGAUCUGUUACUUUACCAAUUUUUAAUGGUAAUCAACUCUGCUACUGGCAUGAUGAAAUAGUACAUAAUUGGUCAUUAAUUAUGAACAUUUAUUUCUCCAGUGCGUUUUUAUGAAGAUCUGGUUGAAAAUUGUAUUUCUAUGUAAACUCAAUGAUAUGUUUGGUUUUCCUGAAAAUAAAUGAUUUUAAAUAAA